AAUGGUAUUAAUAUUCAUUUGCAUAUUCCCAUUAAUUCCCACGGAAAGUUUCCACCUCUGAAUGUGCCCCAAAAUGUGCAAACCUAAUUGUGACAUUACAUACAUUCAACGAAAAUAGGCACCCUUCUCGACAUAAACACUGACUGUGAGGAAGUAUUGCGUGAUGAUUAGCUUAGCAACUGCGUGACGCAGCAUGACAACGUGAACUUAUGCUGGGUGGGACGUUAUACGUUCCUUCAUUCAUUGGAUUUCUAGCUCCUUUCUAUAUCUGGCAUCGGCACCAUGCAAUGCACCCUGGACGUCCUUUUAAAUUACACAUUUUUGCAAUCUGAAAGUUGUAUUCCUAUUAACUUCAUCGCAGUGCUACGUCAUACCUUCCGGGUUUCUACCUGCUUGAACGCCGAUCACGUGAAAACAUUAAAUGCUUUUAAGAGCAAAAACCAGAAUAAACAGGAACAAUCUUAAUCCUGGAAAAACUAAACAAAGAAAAAGUAAUUUGGGGGAAAAACGGAAUUAGACAAUUUUAAAUAGAUUUUACAUGGCCCUAAUUACCUUGCACAGUAGAUAUCAAUGAACAUAUUGGUAAUGCAUUUUCCUAUAUCAUUUUCUUUUAAAAGUAUCAUAUUGUUGUGAGCAGCAGUCAUUUCAGCCUAGUGUAGAGUAGGUCAUAUCUGUAUUCGUCACUGAACCCCCGUGAUGUUCUGUAUGUCAAAUGGAAUUUCAAAGUGAUCGUCCAACAUCAGUUUGUCAGGCAUUUCUCUAGUUAUAAUCGAAAUGACUGAAUUUUGUACCGUAUGAAUCAUUUAAUUUAGGAUAUUCCAUGAGGUUUCUCGUAAUGUUUUUUCCCCUAAAGAGCCUGUACUAGUCUGAAGUAAUUUAUUCCUCUUAAUGCAGACUGGUGACGACUGAUUUGGAUAUGUUUUUCUGAACUUAUUAGAUCAUUUUAACUCUGUCACAUGACAGAACUAAAGAACCCUCAGGUUGAUGGUGCCUUAUGAUGCUUAGUUAUGAUCUAUAAUGCUCAAACAUACUAGUGGUUUUGCUUCGUAGUGUUAGAGCAUCGUUUCCCAAACUCGGUCCUCUGGACCCAAAUGGGGCCACGUUUUGGCUUUUGCCAUAACACUACACAGCUGAUUCAAAUGAUCAAAGCUUGAUGAUUAGUGGGUUAUUUGAAUCAGCUGUGUGGUGCUAGGACAUGUAUCAAAAUGUGCACCUCUUUGGGUCCCGGGGACCAAGUCUGGGAAACUCUUGUGUUAGAGGAAGUGGCCUCUACUCCAACCCCCCCCCCUUCUCAUGUGAUGACGGCUGGCUCCAGAGACCAGAGGAAGUGGCUUUUGCAUCGGUGCUGCCCCCACAGACCCAGUGUUUGACAUCUCAGACAAGCACCAGCCACUUUUCGCCUGACGCUAGCUCCCUAGCCCUGAUUUUGGUCUUUGGGUCAUCAUGGAACACCAAGGCCUACUCUCUAUCAUCGUGGUCAUUCUAUGGGUUAUGGCUGUGUGUGUGGCCAGGCUUACCCCCCGGGUCUCCUUUCCGAUGGGUACACCCGGGAGGCGUCUCAGCCGCUUCGACAGCUCGGACGUCGGCAACACCACCACACUGUUGCUAAGCGACGACGGCGACACGCUGUUUGUGGGGGCGCGGAACGCAGUUCUCUCAUUGGAUGUCAGCCAGGAGGACGCCAUUGUGAUGAGGAGCAAGCUGGACUGGUCCCCCUCAGAGAAGGACCUGGACGAAUGCUCCAUGAAGGGCAAGAAAAAGACGGACUGUCCCAACUUCAUCCGGGUGCUGCAGUUCCUCAACUCCACGCACAUGUACGCCUGUGGAACCUUCACCUUCAGCCCACGCUGCACCUACAUCAACUCUGAGACGUUCUCCCUGGUGACGAGCCCCAGUGGAAAGCCAGAGGAGGGCAGAGGUCGCUGCCCCUACGACCCCUACCAACGUAACUCGGCCAUCACAGUCGAUGGAGAGCUGUACACUGGGACGGUAGCGGACUACAUGGGAAACCGACCGGUCAUCUCCCGCCACCUCAGCGAGGGCGGCCAUGUUGAUCUGAAGCUGGACGACACGUUGGGCUGGCUGGAGGAUCCCACUUUCAUCAGCUCCAACUUUGUCCCCAGCGAAGAGAAGAUCUAUUUCUUCUUCAGCGAGGUGGGCCGGGAGUACGACUUCAUUGACAAGUUCACUGUAUCUCGCAUCGCCCAAGUCUGCACGAGUGACGUUGGGGGCCAGCGUACCCUGCAGCGACGCUGGACCACCUUCGCCAAAGCCCAGCUCCUGUGUCAGUCUGACAACGAGCUGCCCUACAACGUCAUCCAGGACAUCGUCACCCUCCCGCCACCUGAGGGCGCCCCAGUGGACGACACCCUCUUCUUCGGCAUCUUCAGCUCUCAGUGGUCGGUGAACUCGGGGCAGUCGGCAGUGUGUGCGUUCCGCCUGGGCGACAUCAAAGCGGUUUUCGCAGGCAACUACAAGGUCCUGAAUCGGGACACGCUUCGGUGGAGCAUGCGGGUUCAGGAGAAGGUCGCCAACCCGGGAGAGUGUGGCCUGCACAAUGCCUCAGACAACACCCUUCGCUUUGUCAAAGAAAACUUCCUCGCGGACGACAGCGUACACCCUGUGGGGCGGAGCCUGACCAUGGUGUCACCUGACCAGCGCUACAGCCAUGUGGUCACCCAGAGAGUACAGGCCGCCAAUGGCAAGGACUUCACUGUUCUCUUCCUGCUCACAGAAUCGGGCUACCUCCACAAAGCAGUGCUGCUGGACAAGGGUGCACACAUCAUUGAGGAGAUCCAGGUCUUCGAGCAGCCUCAGCCCAUGAAGAACCUCCUGCUUUCCAUAUCAAAGGGUGUGGUGUUUGUGGGCUCAUCAGAAGGCGUGGUGAGGGUCCCGGCCUCCAACUGCUCCUACUACUGGAGCUGUGCCGAGUGUGUGCUGUCCCGAGAUCCUUUCUGUGGCUGGGACCCCUCCGUCAAAGUCUGUACCCACGCCAACAGCAUCCAGGACAACGCAGGCCAGGAUGUGGAAGGAGGGAAUGUGCAGGAGGCGUGUGCUUCGCCCAUGCCCAAAUUCAGAUUUGGACUGAACAAAGGAAAAGCAGACUCCUUUCCUGUAGGUGAGCUGGUGUCUGUGUCCCUGAAUGAGGUGGUGCGACUGCAGUGCCCAGAGGCCUCGAGCCUGGCCCACCGCCACUGGGAGCGACCCAACAGCCGCCUCUCCCCAGACCUCUACCUGCAGCUGGAGGAUGGAAGCCUGCACUUCCUGGCCACGCCCGCCACCCUGGGCCACUACCUGUGUCUCUCCACAGAGAACGGCUUCCAGCAGAACCUGGCCAUCUACCAGGUAAAGCAGAAGAGCAGCCCCACCCCUCAGGCCGCUGCCCCUGGCAUGAUGACCACACGCCCCCAGAGCCCAGCCCUCCCCCCAACCACCCAGGCCGGUUCAGGAGGAUGGCUCACUCCACACUUGACUGGGCCCAAGCAGACCGAGCCGGAGCCCACCGCGCCAGCAAGGGAGACUCCGGUCACCACGAGGCGGACCAGCAGGAACUUUACUUUCUGGGUGGCGCAGUCGGGGGAGACUGAGACUGAGGCGGAGUGGCAGGGAGGGGAGAAGCUGCUGCUGGGGCAAACCUACCUGAAGGAGCUGGUGGUGGUGUCUGUACUGCUAGCGUGCUGCGUUAGUAUUCUGCUAACUAUGGCGCUGUAUAGCGUGAGGCAGCGCUGCCGCAGCAGGACGGCGCCCCAGGCCAACGCCCCAGGGAGGGACUCGGAGAGGGGCGGCCCUCAGGAGCGGGAGGCCCUUCGGGGCGGUCAGUCGCCAUGCAGCAAUGGCAUGCGGAAUGGGCAGAUGGCACACAACGGCCAAGCCAGCGGGGUCGUGUGCAACGGCACGCCGAGGGGCUCCAAUGGGCAUCUUCCCAACACCCCUAUCUGAGCACAGUCAACCGCAUCUCACCCUAACUAUUGACAUACCAUAUCCACUCUACCUGAGAACAAUGUAGCCUUUACAUGGUCACUCUUGAGCCAUGGGGUUUUACAUGAACACGGCUAACUGCAGCACUGUGUGUGGACUGUCAUGACAGCGAGUAAGACUGAUGUGGUAACUCAACUAAAUGGAAACCGUUUUCUGAUACGAUACCAGCCUUUGUGAAUCAAAGGGCAGACUGAUUAACAUGACUCACUGCUCUUAUACAAUACAGUGUAUUAUAUUGUGCUGUAAAUACUUUGGAGACGAGGUUCCAUUUGACUAGACUGUGUUUAUUUGUGUAUUUAAUGAAAGAGCCAAGAAAGCCGAUUUAUCGAAUGUACAUGAAGGACUGCAUCACUACACUGCCACAACAACUGCCACUGCCGCUACACUGCCACAAAAAAAAGAAAAGAAAUGGCUCCUAAACAGGUUUCCUACCACUAACUAUUAACUAACGUGUCCACUCAAAUCACAGGCAGUGGAUGCAUAUUGCGAGGAACACAAAAAACAGCCUUUUUUGUUCUAACAGUAAUUUUGUAGCAUCAGGUCUACAUUGCUAAACCACUUCCUUUGUAUGCAGCGCCAUUGCGAAAGUUAACGGAGCACGUUGUAUGGUACAAUGUUCUAUUGUUAUUUAUUUUGCUGGUUUAUUUUUGUCGUUCUGUUGAUUGUGCUGCCAAUUUACUUUUCUUUUUUGUCUUUCACCCAAAACGCACAUUUUUUUUUAAAAUCCUGCGGUCUGUGACGCCAUGAGAACAUGAUGUUGAUUUGACACUGUAGGGCUUAUCUCUGCCAGAACAAACAAGAUUAUGCUGGUGUUUAGAGACCCUUUUAGUUUUUAUAAUUUAUGUUGUCAGCAUAUUAACUGGACUGAAAUCCUCAAAUCACUUCGAAAACUGUGAUAUUGCCAAAAUUGCAUUUUGAAUGAAAACACUUUUCCUUUUUUUUUGCUAGACAGCUUUUCAGAAACUGAAAGCAGAUUAUGAGAGAGUUGGCUCUUUUUAAGCUGCUUUAGAUGACGAUGAGAAAGACUAAUAGUUAUUAAACAAAUAUAUGGUACUCCUUGUCUUCGGUACAGAUCACAAACCACUUUUCUUUUUAAAAUAAGUUGUUUUGUCUUUAUUUUUAUACAAUCGUAUCUUACUGUUUCAAUGUUGCAAAUAAACUGUUCAAUUUGUGCAAAAAUAA